AGAACAUUCGUGCUAUUGUCUUUGCUCUACCUAUAUUCAAUAAAAACAAAUCUAAAGAUCAUCAUCUCGAUGCUUUUGAUGAUUUUGUCAAUGAAUUUCGUAGAGUACAAUAUAAUGGCCCUAUACCGGUACUGAUUAUUGAUCAAGACAUGCAUCGAGUAACUGUAGCUAUCGCUCGUCAUGGUUUCCCUGUUGCUGAAGUAAAUCCCGCUGAUUCACAUGGUGUUUUUGGUUCAUAUUGGCAAAAUCCGGGACAAUCUGUACAAGGAAAAUUAGCUCUGACAACAGUCGGUUUACUCGUACAACAUCACCUUAUUAAUCCAUUCGUACUCGAUACGAAUAACUAUCACCUCUUAGAAAUCAAUGAAGGACCUACUUUACGUAGACGAAUUAUUGUGUCGGAUGACAAUGAAUGA